AUGCAGACCAAAAGAAGGAACAAGAACAACAACACUAGUAGUUUUCUUGAGUCUAUGCAGAGUUUUGAAGGAUUAUCUAAUAAGAAGAUGAUGAUGCAGCAUCAGCAUCUUAAUCAUGAUUCUUCUGCUGCUCAUAGUUAUGGUCCCACAGUACACAACAUGUCUUUUGGUAGUCACUCUUCUUCUCUUGCUGCUACUACCAUUGAUAAUGGCCUUGUAUCUUUAAAUUUUCAGCCUUUUCACAACAUUAACCCUUUCACAAGCUCUCAAUGGAGAGAGCUUGAGAUACAAGUUAUGAUUUACAAGUACUUGGUGGCUUCUCUUCCUGUUCCUUCUUAUCUGCUCUCAUCCAUUCCUUCUUCAUCUAUGAUGGAUGGUGGUUUCAAUACGAGGUUGUCUUCAAGUAGGAACAGUAGUACUGAUCCAGAGGCAGAAGCAGGUAGGUGCAGAAGAACAGAUGGUAAGAAAUGGAGAUGUUCUAGAUAUGUUGCUCCAAAUAACAAGUAUUGUGAGCGACAUAUGCAUAGAGGUAGUCAGCGUUCAAGAAAGCCUGUGGAACUUCACGCCAAUGACAUUAGCCAUCAUCAAAUCAAGAGGAUCCCUAUUCCAACUACAAGAAAAUAUGGUGGAACUUCAUCACAAUUUCUUGCUUCCAGUGCUUUUCAUCCUUAUCUCCAAUCACCAAUUUCCUUCGAUAAUAGCAUCUUUGGUGUCAAAUUUGCUCCCAGUUUUGACCCUUCAAAUAAGCAACCAAGGGGCUUCGAGUGGAUGCCGAAUGGAGAUCCAAUAUCUCUUGGUGCUUCUAACUCAGGAUGGAACUCUCUGAUGCUUGGAAUGACCAAUGAAAGUUCGCAUCUCAAUAAUAACAUUGAGUCUCACUAUCUGAAUUCAUUUCCACAAUACAAUAGUUUAGAACUUUCUCAACAAGAAAGACCAUUUUCUCUCUUAUAUAAUCCUGUUCCAAUGCAAACUCUCCAAACUGAGAAACCAAGAGGGUUUAGUUUCACUGAUACUUGGUCUAAUGCAAACACAGUAGUAAACAACGCCAGCAACAACAACAACAACGCUUCUGCAUCAGUAGCUAAAUCAUCCCUUUCAUCUCUUGAUCUAUCAAUGGGAGGUCCACUAGCUGAAGUUCUAAGGCCAAGCAAAGUAACCUCCAUCAGUGAUUCAACAAGCUCAAAUCCAUCAUCAUCUGUCACAACAAACCGUGUUGAAUCCAUUGGAACUUCAGGAACAGGAAUGAUAUCAUCUCCAUCUGUUGUUUUCCAUAAUAAAACUCUUUCUUCGUUCUCUGAUAGCAGUGGUAAUAGCAGUCCAACUUGCAUCAUCAAGGGCCAAUUCUGA